AUGUCUAUCACAAAUAAAACAAUAAAGGCUGUGUUUUUUGACUUCAUGGGCACCUGCCUCGAUUGGCAUAGCAGUGUAGUUCAGGCUCUACCUGUCUCUAUACCUCGCGAUGUAUCUUCGACCUUUGCUCUUGAAUGGCGCAAAGGGUAUUUUAUCGAAAACAAUCAGCGAUUUCUUCAGGGCCUUGAGCCGGAAGACAUAGAUAUAACCCUGGCUCGUGUUUUGGAUGUCACAAUUGCCAAGUUUCCACAAUACAAAUCAUACAUUGACUCGAAUACGAAAUCACAAAUGAUCCAAGCAUGGCAUCAUCAACGCGCUUGGCCAGAGGUGCAGAAUGCUAUACGAGACAUUCAGGAGGAUCUAGGUUUGGAAACAUUUGUUCACGCCAAUGGUACGACCCGUCUCCAGCUUGAUCUUACUCGUUCUUCGGGGUUGAGAUUCAACAUGCUUUUCUCGAGUCAACUACUUGGAGUCUACAAACCUAGUCCAGACGCAUACCGGAAAGCAUUACAACUUGUCAAACUAGAACCUGAAGAAGUGAUUCUUGUUGCAGCGCAUGCAUAUGAUCUCCGGGGAGCUCAAGGCGUCGGGAUGAAGACUAUUUAUAUUCAUCGAUGGACGGAUGACAUUGAUGAGGACAUGUCAAAAAUCAGAACCGAAUUCGAUGCGUUUCUGGAGGAUAUGAAAGACCUCCCUUUUGCCAUCUCAAACAUGUGUAAUUAUGAUAUUUGA